AUGUACACCGGAAUGUUCCCCGGAAUGGUCUUCCCCGGAAUGGGCAGGAAUGGUGUUCCCCGGAUUUAUUUAUUUUCAAUGGAUCACAAACAAUGUUUGUUUGGUGAACAUGCUCACCAAACAUGGCCACUCUCUUCUUCCACCACCACCACCAUGCUCGUCACCGCCGCCAACGCCACGCCAUCACCGUCACCCAUAGCCACCACCGCCAACGUCGCUCCUCGAUCACCCAUGGCCACCACGACCACCAACAUCGACCACGACACCCUUCAACAACAACGCGGCGACGCCACGUCACGAAACAACGAGCGCCGUAACCCACGAAAACCCCCAACGCCCACGAAAACAACGCGCCCGGACACAAAACGACACCCGACGGGCACAAAACGACGCCCACCGCCCACGUACACCGCCAGCGCCCACGAAAACCAUACCCCGCCCACGAAAACAUCCCACCACCCACCGAAAAACACGAGCGCCCACCGAAAAACACGCGCCGCCCACCGAAAAACACGCACCGCCCAUACAACACACGACGGCACCACGCCGCCUACCAAAACCACCACGUCCACACCAACGCCACCCACGACGACGCCCCCAACGGCAACCAGCGCCCACGACGACGGCGACGACAACGCCCACGAAUAA